AUGCGGCUGCAGUGCGCGAACGCUUGCUAUUCAUUGCAGGCUCGCAAUAACUCGGCGUUCAACAUUCUUGCAGGCCGCGAAUCCCGGCAGCGGCAGCGGCGGCGCCUGCAGUCGGCUCACGUCGCCAGGCCGGGCGGGGCGGGGCGGGGCGGCGAGGCGUCGCCGGCAGAAGGGGACGCGAAUGGGAAUAGGCAAUGGUGGUCUUUUGCAGUUUGGGUUAUGGCCCUUGCCCAGGACCCGUUCGAGCACUUGGACCAGAGCUGCAAGGAGAUGAUAGAUUGCAAAGACCCCCUGGACAUGCUCUCUUCUGACAAGCGGGAGCUGAACGCCGUGACCAGCAAGGAGGACAUGGACCGCUUGUGCCCAGACAUCAGGCAGCACUUGGAUUGUAUCGACAGGAAGACAAAACGUUGUAUGACCCCGGACGUCCAAAUGACCUUCAACGUUCUCUAUAAUGGCACCAUUGUAGUGAUGACGGAGUUGUGCCAUAACGAUACGUAUCAGCAAGAAUUUUUGAAAUACGCCCGUUGCUUCAAAGAUAUGAACAAAGAAGAAGAUUGUGAAGCGAAGUACUCCGAGACACUGGCAGAUAUCCAGAAAAACGCUCGCAGCCACGACGCCGUGCACAGAAUUUGCUGUUCGUUCCAUGAUUUUCUGGAGUGCUCAAAGCGCACGGUGGCCGCGGUGUGCGGCAACGAUGCAGCGGAGUUCAACAAGCGGAUGCUGGAUACAAUGGCCACUUCUCUCAAGGAGCAGUGCCAGCAGGUGACGGUGGGCGCGGACACGUGCCAGGCGAUGAGCCUGGCGUCGCGGACGCCCGGGGGCGGGGGCUCGUGGGCGCAGCCGCGCCUGCUGCUGGUGGCGCUCCCGGCGCUGCUGGUGGCGCUGCUGCCGGUGGCGGCCGGCGCGGGGGUGGCGGCGGCGGCCGCGCAGAUGCUGUACAAGGCGCGGCGCCCCUGAGGCCCCGCCCACCACGCCCACGUCCCCGCCCACGCCCACGCAGCCUCGGCCCAGCUCACCGCUCCACCGCGGUCUUCUCGUUGUGGGGUGGUGGUGCUUCCGUGAGCCUCCGCCGUCCUCCCUCUCACCCACGCCCACGCCCACGCCCACGCCCGCGCCACGCCUUCCUCGGCCGCAGCCCGCACGACGCCGCGCGCGCUCCGGCGGCCCCCGUGCCGAGGAAACCACCUGGCGUUCGGGUCACGCAAGCUCUGUUCUGUCCCCUUUCUUUUGAUGUAUAAAUUGUAAGUAUUACGAAUUCAGUAUUAUGUGAAGUGACCCCCUAAAGAUGUAGUGAAGACCCGCAUUGUAGUGGGCGCCCUUGUGAGCGCGUUGGCGUGGGAGCGUGCGAUGUACCCGGACCGUCCGCUCCGCUCGGCUCGUGGCGAGGAUCCAGGUCGAGCCCCCGCUGGGGGUGCAGGGCGGGGGCGGGGGUAACGGCCCGCAACGCGCCGGCAGCGAGGAGCAGUUGCGCGCGGUUCAAAUCCUUUCGCAUCGCCGUGGAUCGUCGUUCAACCUAGCACGCCAUUGUCGAUUUCAAUUUUGUUGUACAUUUUGGGUUAGAAGCAUUGCUGUUCUGUUGUUCUGUGUGGCAGUAAUGGAUUUUUGUUUGUGAAAAAUUAUUUACUUUGUGUGAAAGCAAGAGUCAACGAUGUUCUUAAAUUUGGCUUUUUCCUCAUGAAUCUUAGAUACCGUAUAAUAUAUACUAUUUAGAAUAUUUUCUAAACAUGUUCGAAAUGAUUACUAUUAAUUUCUUAAACCGUUUACGUUACACGUUAAUAAAAAUUCUGAACUUUCUAAUUGUAUAUUUUUGAAAAUAUGUUGUAUUAAAAUUUUUAAAAUAUUCAUGAGGUGAAGCCUAUUAUAGUUUCCUAAGGGCAUUGACUGUCCCAAGUGUAGAACAAUUUUUUUUUAUCUACACUGAAUUUUGUUUUUAGGUUUUUGCUUGAAUGUUUGUUUUGUGAAAUAGUUGUAUUGUAAAAUAUUUUACUUCGCAUUCAGUUACUUCGAAGUUACCAGUAACACAAGUGGUAUACAUUAUUUUAGUGUAAUAUAAGUAAGGAAACUGUCAUAUACAUAAACUACUUUUCACUUCCCUCUCCUCUAAAAUAUGUAAGAUUCCAUCUUCCCACCAAAGUUAAAAAGAGAACUUGCAGCAAACGGUUCUGUUGUUCGAGGAGGGUCCAGUUGUUCAUCUUCGAUGUCAAAGUGACUAUUACUUCAUUAAAGAAAUUAAUGUAAAUGCAGGAAACGCACGAACAAAGCUAACAGUUUCUACCUCGAAAAAAUAGACAAUUUAAAGUUCAAAUCAUAUGAGGUGUGAAACGUUCAUUUUUGAAUGGAGAAUGCGUUGACCGCCGAGCAUUUUUGAUCAGGGUUUACAUUCUUGUCCGAAUACUUAUUUGUUGCAGUUUGCUGCAGGUACCAAGCCACACGAUCUCUGUCGUGAUAGGAAUUUCACAUAUAGCGUUCGAUAAGCUUUGUCGUGCCUUUCCUGCGCGAGAAGUUCGCUGAAUCCUUACGAAGCUGAAGUACUCUCUGAAGUGUGCAUAAUCCUCAGUGCUCAGUUUGGAAUGUGAGUUCUAGUGGCGAAGACACUUCAAUCUUUGUAAGACUAAUACUCAACAGGGGAGGGCGAUUUAUAGACUGUUAAAAAAAUUUCGCAAUGUGUAUACUUCUCUGCAUGUUCCAUUCGCCUCCAGCUACGAUGUGCGCGGCCAAUGGAGCUGCCUCGGUGCGAGUGGAGGCCGCACGGCCCGCGCAGCCCUCGCAGCUGGCGGUACACGACUGUAAAGAUGUGCACACAUUCCUAGAUGUUAAAAAUGUAC